AUGGGAUCCGAGUCGCGAAGCGCGGAGAAGACCCAGGCGGGCGGUCUGGCCCUUCGUCUCUAUGCCCGCCCCUCUUGCUCAGCAGUGCGCAGGCGCGCGGCGCCCGCCAUCUUUCUCGCUUUCGGAAAGAAGCGGCGGCGGUGAGUGAGGCUGGCGGGGGCCGAGGGGCCUCGGGCGGCGGCGGCGGGUCCUCGCGGCCCCUGGUGGCGGGGCGGGGGUCCGGGGUCCGGGGGGGCGAGGGGCCUUGGCCUGCAGGCUCCUCCGAGAGAGGCCGCCGCCCCUUCCCGGGAUGACUCGGCAGGUUCCUCUGGCUGGGCCGCAGCCCGACCGGGGCAGCUCGGGGGCGGGCAGGCAGGCAGGGGUGGGUUGGGCUAGAUGACCCCCAGGGGCCCCUUCCAGCUCGCCUCUCAUGCCAGGAGUAGCUUUCUGGCAGACUGGAGCUCAACAGGUGGAGCUGCCGCCAGCGAGCGACCCCGCCAUUCCUCCUCACAUUUGGGCGGCCUGCCCUGCGAGGGAGCCGGGUGGAGAGGCAGUGCUUCUGCUGUUUCCUUGUCUGAACUCUAGAUCCAUUUGUUGUUAUUUGAAACUGUGCAGUUUUGUGGAGGUCGGGGAAUAACACCCGCUCCCCCCCCCAAAAAAAAAUAGUAGGAGCAUUUUGCCAGUUUUCCUUAAUGUUUGUUUUUGAAGGGGAGAAGGAUCUCUAUCCUGUUUCUCUUCUAGGGGUGUUUCAGUUUAGAACACCAUCCUUUUCCUUUGUAACCACCUGUGUUUCUCUGUGAGAUCGUUUAUGGUUAUGUACACACAUUUGGACGUUAACUUUGCCAAGAAUAACAUUUCAUACACCUAAAGCUUGAAGUGGUCUUGUGCCAAUGUUAAGAAAAUGUUUUAAAAGUGUGGGAAGAAAGGGAUGUUGCUUAGGAAAAUGCUUAGGGGUUUUUUUUUUUAAUUGACAUAUUAACGCUUGAAUUGAACUUAUACAACAACUUCACAAGCUCAUCGAAGAAAUCUGGGAGAGAAGAUCCCAGCAGACGACAGGAAUGCCAAAAUUAUCAAUCUCUUUAAAAAAAGGGUGAUAGAAUGGAUCGUGGAAACUAUCGAGGCAUCUCUUUAUUAACUGCAGCCGGCAAAAUUUUUUGCAAGGAUAUUAGCAAACCAUCUCUUAACAAUAUCUGAGGCUACCCUUCCUGAAUCCCAAAAUGGUUUUAGGCAUUCUAGGGCAGGCAUCCCCAAACUCGGCCCUCCAGAUGUUUUUGGGACUACAACUGCCAUCAUCCCUAGCUAACAGGAGGGAUGAUGGGAAUUGUAGUCCUAAAACAUCUGGAGGGCCGAGUUUGGGGGUACCUGUUCUAGGGGACAGUGGACAUGAUUUUCACCACUUGACAGCUUCAAGAAAAAUGCGGAGAGGAAACCAACUCCUGUAUAUAGCGUUUAUUGACCUGACUAAGGCCUUCAACACUGUAAAUCAUAAUGCUUGUUUACGAAGCUAUUGUACUACCAGCCUUACUGUAUGCUUGUGAAACAUGGGCCACUUAUAAACACCAUCUCCAACUCCUCAAAAGAUUCCAUCAGCGGUGUCUCCGAACAUUUUUACACACUUGGGAAGACAGGCAAACUAAUGCCAGUGUACUGGAAGAAGCAAAUAUCACCAGUGUCAAAGCAAUGAUUCUUCAACAGCAACUUUGUUCAACUGGUCAUGUUGUGUGGAUGCCUGAUUAUCGUCUUCCAAAGCAACUACUCUAUUCCGAACUUAAAAAUGAAAAGCGUAAUGCUGGUAGUCAAUAAAAGAGGUUUAAAGACUCCCUCAAGGCAAAUCUAAAACAAUGUAGUAUUAAACUGACAACUGGGAAACAUUGGCCUGCGAGCGCUGCAAAGCCUUUACCAAAGGUGUUGUGGACUUUGAAGAUGCUCGAACUCGGGACGAAAGGGAGAAACGUACUAAGAGGAAGGCACGCUUGGCAAACCCUCACCGUGAUCAGCUCCCGCCCAGAAACCUAUGUCCCCACUGUGGAAGGAGCGUGGAUCCAGAAUUGGCCUCCUCAGUCACAGACUCAAUGUUAAAACGGUGUUCAUGAAAAACAAUCUUACUCGGCUACGAGUGAUCACCAGAGAAGAAAGAAGAAGAUACUCUCUAAUUCUGUAGCUGCUUGGGGGCGGGGGCGGGUAAUUCAUAGUACAGUGGUAGCUUGGUUCUUGAACUUAGUCCGUUCCGGGAGACCAUUCGAAAACCAAGGUGCGGUUUCCGAUUGGCUGCAGGAGCUUCCUGCACUCAAGCGGAAGCUGAUGUUGGGCUUCCGAAAAAUGUUCGCAAACUGGAACACUUACUUUUGGGUUUGCGGCAUUCAGGAGCCAAGCCUUUUGAGUACCAAGGUACCACUGUAAAAGCAGAACUUCCGUAUACCAGGGAUUAAGGGAAGAGUUUCCAGGUCAUGGUAGGCUGAGCAUUUCUUCCCCUAGAAAAUAAUUACUGAAUGUAGCUGGACAAUAUUCCCUUCUCUACUCAUAUAUAAAAGCUUGUGCCAUUAUAAAUCUGUUAAUAUUUAAGAUGUCACAAAUACCUUUGAUGCUACAAAAUCUAAAUACCAGCUUGUGCAAGGACUUUUAACUUGGUUUACUGUAGUCAGGAUAGCUCAGUUGGUAGAGAAUGAGACUCUUAAUCUCAGGAUUGUGGGUUCAAGCCCCACGUUAGGUAAAAUUGUAUAUAUGGAAGUUUUAUGAUGGCCUAUACUUGUAAUAAGGGACGCGGGUGGUGCUGUGGGUUAAACCACAGAGCCUAGGACUUGCUGAUCAGAAGGUCGGCGGUUUGAAUCCCCGCAACAGGGUGAGAUCCCGUUGCUCAGUCCCAGCUCCUGCCCACCUGCAGUCCCAGCUCCUGCAGUUCGAAAGCAUGUCAAGUGCAAGUAGAUAAAUAGGUACCGCUCCGGCGGAAAAGUAAAUAGCAUUUCUGUGCGUUGCUCUGGUUCGCCAGAAGUGGCUUAGUCAUGCUGGCCACAUGACCUGGAAGCUGUCCGUGGACAAACGCCGGCUCUAUCUGCCAGUAAAGCGAGAUGAGCACAGCAAUCCCAAAGUCGUCCGCAACUGGACUUAACGGUCAGGGGUCCCUUAUACCGGUAUUUGUAAUGUCUAUUAAAGGUUUGGCGAAGUAAGUAGAUUCCUGCAUGGCAGGGGGUUGGACUAGAUGAUCCUUGUGGUCCCUUCCAACUCUACAAUUCUUUGAUUCUAUGAUUCAUCUGUUUCUAAAACAGUGUUUGGUAAGCGUGGGAUGUCACUGGUAUAUGCAGUUAAAGCUGCCAUUUUUCUUACUGGUCCUGGCAGUCUUUCUCUCAGAAAAGUAGCAGAUGAAGCUUUUCUUGCCAUGGAUGAAUGGUAGGAAUUUCCAUGAGACAGGCUUGCUGUUAAGGGCUUUGCAGAACAUUCAGGAAAACGUUGGCAAUCCUGUGUGUGAUCCAUCUAACACCCAUUUGUUUUCUUUUGCAGCAUACUACAGUCUACAAGCACCAUGGUGAGUUUCUGUCCUGUUUCUGUGGAAGAUGGGUAUAUUUUAGCAAUGAGGGUGGGAGCAGUUUUCAGAUUACAUAAUGUAAGAACAGGCUGUGGAAUCACACCCGUGGCCUACCUAGUCUAGUAUCCUGUUUUGACAGUAGCCAACCAGAUGACUAUGCAAAGCCUGCCAGUAGGGCGUGAGUGCAACAGUACUUUCCACUCCUGCAGUUUUCAACAACUCGUGUUUAGAAGCACUCUGGCCGUAGAAGAUAGCCAGUAGUAGAUUGAGGCUCAAGCUGUAUGAAAACAAGGUUAAUGAAAUGCGGGGAGGGGCUAUGUUGACAGGUCCACAGAUAUAUGCAGAAUAAAAAAAAAUUCACUGUUCAGAAUAUAAAAAAUGAGGUUUUUAUGAAAAUCAGAAGUGUGGGCUCAUUUAUGGGAUUUCCAUGCACUUAGAACAUGAAAAACAAUAGACCUAUGUGCCAAGAGUGACUGCCCCUUCCUUUUUGACAACUGCUUAUCUCCCAGCACUCGAUGGAUGGGUGGUUGCCUGCUCUUGAUGAGGUUGCAUUUCCUCUGAAGGAGCAGGUACACAGCUUGUGGGCACUUCUGUCGCUUGAGGCUUAAGUGGCCUUGGUGGCGCAGUGUGUCUUCCAUCAGUUUUGGUUGGUGGCCUGACUACACCCCUAUCUAGGCAGGGACAGUCUUAACUACUGCUCUCUAUGCUCUGAUAACCUCUAGGCUAGAUUACUGCCAUACAUAGGGCUGCCUCUGAAGACUGUUCAGAAACUUCAGCUGGUGUAGAAUUUGGCAGUCAGGUUGAUCACUGGGGCAAGACGGUUUGAGCAUAUUGCACCGAUCCUGGCCUGACUGCACUGGUUGCCAGUUAGUUUCAGGACCUAAUUCAAAGUGCUGGUUUUGACCUAUAAAACCUUAAACAGCUCUGGACUCCCAUACCUCAAGGAGUACCUGGACCCUGCCAUCAUCAUCUAAGGCCAUUCUUCAUGAGAGGUCUGGAGGGUAGCAACACAAAAAUGGGCCUUCUCUGCAGUGGUUCCCCACUUUUGGAAUGCUCUCCCCAGGAAGGCUUGCCUGGCUCCUUUGCUACUUAUCUUUGGUAUCAGGCAAAAACAUCCCUCUUCUCCCAGGCCUUUGGCUUAUUAAACAAUCUAUGGUCCUUAAAACUUGAGGGUUUUGUUGUUGUUGUUGUUGUUGUUAUGCUAUAUAUUUUUGUGUUUUUUUAUUGUAAGCCAUCCUGUGAUCUUGGGGUAUAGGACGGUAUAUAGAUCAGACACAGAAAUUUGUGCCUCUGACAUGCAUUGACAUGGAACCCAAAGUAGAGUUAAGGACCCCCGUUGGGUUUCAAAUAGACUGUCUUUUGUGACACAGUUCAGAAGGAUAAAACUAGCAGUGGAUAAGUUUAGCAGCUACCUACCCAGAUGUUUUUUCCCAAGUUCUUAUUUUUCCAAGUACUAUGGAUGUUGCAGUUUAUCAUUUGAAUGGUUUGUAAAUUAAAUAAUCAUCUUUGCAGUCUCGAAGAUAUGAUUCACGAACGACAAUAUUUUCCCCAGAAGGUAAUUGCAUUGCAACAUUUCAAUUUCUGUCUUCAUCAGCUGCUCUGAUAAAAAUGAAAUGAUGCUGUUUCCAAGGUGGCAGUUACGGAGCUUUGUGAAUGGUUCAUUGGUUGUAAUAUUUCAUUUUCACAUUGCUGUAAUCUGCCUUGAGAGGUUGGCUGUGUACUGGAGCAUAAGGAUUUGAUCUCCUGGGUUGCCAUAAGCAGCAACUGAAGUUCACCUGAGGAUAAACUCCUGUGCACACUUACCUUGAAGUACAUCUCAUUGAAAACAGUGGAACUUGUUUCCCGAUAAACAUGCGUAGGGUAGCACUGUGAGCAUAAUGCAUUUGAAUAUUAAUUAUCUUAACUAUCAGUUUUAUGGGUUGUAACCAGAUGUGUCCCCCGUACUGACAGAAAGCUCUUUCAUCCAGUGGACCCUUCCAUCAGUGGAAUGAAGCUAUAUUUACCCAUUCUUCCAGGCCACCUCCCAGUUCUCUGGAGCAGGUUUUGAAUGUUAUAGUUGCAGAGGGGAUAGGAAGUUGGUAAAAGAACUACAACAAAAACACCCUCAUUCCACUGGCAAAAUUCUGCACGGAAUUAAAGAGUCUUCCAUCAGAAUGAAGGGCACCCUUAGUUACAACCAUAUGCUGUUAUUUUACACUAACAUUAUUUCUAAAAGUGGCAGUCUUUAUUUAUUAUUCUAUGUGGACUUGGUCAAAGUGGAUUGGAACCAGAAAUAGCUUUCUGCAAAUGGAAGGAUUCCUUCUGUUUGCAGAGGAGACCCCAGUCCAGCCCAGGCUCCCACAGGAGAAAGGGUGAGUCAGUGAUUUCUGCCCAUUCCCCUGCGUCUCCCACGUUUUCCAGAAAGCUGCUCUGCAGGGUCCGGGUAUCCUCGUGAGAGGUGGCACUGGGGUCUGCAGAGUGGAGGAGGAAGGGGCAGAAAUUGCUGAAUCACUCUUUUGCCCAGCAGAGCGUCAGAGGAGAACUCUCCUUGUGGGAAGUCUGGGUUGCAUGCUAUAUAUUUUGUUCUGGACCAAAAGAAUCCCUGGCUAGGACACAAAUGAAGGAAAUUUGAUGCUUGUGUGACUCUGGCCUAGAGUUUAAAUCAGUGACUCAGCUGCCACUAUUACCCCCUCAGGUCGCCUGUAUCAGGUUGAAUAUGCCAUGGAGGCCAUUGGACACGCAGGCACCUGCCUGGGGAUUUUAGCAAAUGAUGGAGUCUUGCUGGCAGCAGAAAGGCGCAACAUCCACAAACUUCUGGAUGAAGUAUUUUUUUCAGAGAAAAUAUACAAACUCAAUGAGUAAGUUGUAUGCCCCUAUGUUUUAUAUAUUUUUUUGUUUAAAGGUGGUACGAUUAUAAAUGUUUUGAGGAAAAGUCUCAGCUCAGUGCCCCAAAUUCAAUCUCUCACAUCUUCAAGUAGGGCUAAGAAGAGACCCAUCUGAAAUUUGGAGGCUACUGUCAGUUAAUGUAGAAAAUACUGAGCUAGAUGGACCAGUGAUGUGACUCCAUAUAAGGCAGCUCCCUAUUUUUCUGCAAGUUCAGGUUAUGAGGUAUUGACGUCUUUGAUUCCCUGCCUUUUUCAACUUCCAUUUACAGGUGUCUCUUUCAGGGCUGCUGCCAUAGCAACAUUUUUCUCCUAGCAGAAAUAAUACUGUGCUAACAUUCCUUUUCUGUAGUGAGUUGAUGUAUAACUUUGCCAUCAAUUUCUAUGCAUUCAGAAACAUUCAAUAGCAUUCCUAUAUUUCAGCAACAAAAUAUUCUGUAUUUGAUCUCUCUAUAGUUCUUGCCAUUCCUCUUCUAGGCAUCAGUAGUAGGAGCCAUAACUCUCCCCUGGACUGUUAAGGAAUAUUUUACCAUAUCAACAAAUUAACUUAAUGUUUAUUUGGUUUAGGCUCCAUACCAAUUUAGGCUACCCUUUCUUUUCCUAAAUCCAAUCCUUAAAUUACUUACUUUGUUUUCCUUCUGCUGAAACAAUAGCUAUCAUGUAACCCUCUUAAAUUCAGCAAGAAAAGCAUUUAGUAAAAACAGGUUAGAACUAUUGAGACACAAAGUACUUUUUGUCAAGAAAGCAGAUACAGCAAAACUUUUUUUAAUACCUCUAGCAGCUGUUUACAGUUAAUUUUCUAGGACAGUGCUCUCCUUUCCUACCUUCCAGUUUACCCUUUCUGCCUUUGUUUCUGUGUUGAAAUUUUGGCAGGUGAAGCGUUUCUGUCUGGUACUUCUGGCUUGUUUGCAGUGCAUCUUCUCAAGUGUACCCUCCUGUGCACCCUAUCGGAUGCUGAAUCUUUCGUAUCUAUACAUCCACCUAUUUUUGUUGUUAUCCAGUAAGAGCACCCACCCAAUUCCUAUGCCUCCCCACCCAUUGUUUCAUGCAUCUCUGGCUGGGCAGGUGCCCUUACUUUGGGAUGAUCCAUAUCUGGACUUCCCAAGUGUACGAUUUUUUGUUAUCUUCUUACAAACGUUUGUGAGCGGUGUCAGUAUUGUUGAAAAAUAUUUGAUGUGACCAGAGGAGAGAAAAUUGUUUAUCUACUUGUUUUCAAAAGUCCAGCUGUGUGUUUCAUUAUGAUAAUUUGUGGAUUAGUUUUGAUGACAUAGAAGCACACGCACUGUGUUAAUACAAGUUGUUUGAUAAACCCAUAUAAUCAGCAAACUGUUUCAAGUAAUGACUAUGUGCAGUGAAGAUAUAGGCUCGGUUGGAGCUAAGCGUGCUAUGGUGUUAUGAAAUAGUGCCUGUGCUUUAUAAAAUGGUACGUGAAGCUCACAGUCAAACACAGUGAUCUUCUAUAUUCCAGGGAUAUGGCUUGCAGUGUGGCUGGCAUAACUUCAGAUGCCAAUGUGCUAACGAAUGAACUGAGGCUGAUUGCACAAAGGUAUGUUUGUUUGUUUGUUUGUUUGUUUGUGUUUGCAUUCUUCUGCCCUGCCCUUCCACCUGCCCAGGGCUGCCAGCGGGAAGGUAAACGGCGUUUCCGUGUGCUGCGCUGGCUCGCCAGAUGCGGCUUUGUCACGCUGGCCACGUGACCUGGAAGUGUCUCCGGACAGCGCUGGCCCCCGGGCUCUUAAGUGAGAUGGGCGCACAACCCUAGAGUCUGUCAAGACUGGCCCGUACGGGCAGGGGUACCUUUACCUUUAAAUGACAGUGCAGGCAGGAGAGAAUAGUAAAAUCACAAGAAUGGUUGGAAUCUUUAAGAGACAAAUUCAUGACAACUGAUGUUAGGCUUGGAACCUAAAGUCCAGCAGUAUGACAAAGUCACCAGACAUACUUGUUUUCUUCUUGUAUCAAAAGAUGUUACUAAUAUGUAAAUUCUGAAAUAAAGACAAUGUGUGUCUUUAGAUUUCAGACUUGCUGUCUAAAAUUAAAUGGAAGUAUUUCCAUGUUCAAAGGAGCCAAUUGUUUAGACCAGCCUUUUUCGAUCUUGGGUUCCUAGAUGUCGUUGGACUACAACUCCCUUCAUCCCUGAUCACUGGCUAUGCUGGAUGGGACGGAUGGGAGUUGUAGUCCAACAGCCUCUAGGAACCCAAGAUUGAGAAAGGCUAGUUCAGAAUGUACAAAAAAACCCCCAAUGUUCUGUAGUUAGAUCCUAAUCAAACCUAUCAUAAGUAAAUCUUACUGUAUUUAGUGAGAUUUCCUUCCUGUUAGUCUUUCAUCUUUAGCCGUAGUCUGCAGAGAUUAAGCAAUCUGUUGAUGGUGCCUUACUUUAAAGUUUAAAGCAUAUGAGGUGAUAUCCAGUGUUGUUCACAGGGACUUCCCCCUUCCUCUCCUUUUGCCUGCUCUAGGGUGUAAUAAUGUAAAGGUAAAGGACCCCUGACAGUUAAGUCCAGUUGCGAAUGACUCUGGGGUUGCGGCGCUCAUCUCACUUUACUGGCCAAGGGAGCCGACGUUUGUCCGCAGACAGUUUUUCCAGGUCAUGUGGCCAGCAUGACUAAGCAGCUUCUGGCGAAACCAGAGCAGCACACAGAAACACCGUUUGCCUUCCCGCCAGAGCGCUACCUAUUCAUCUACUUGCAUUUUUGGCAUUCUUUUGAACUAGGUUGGCAGGAGCAGGGACCGAGCAACGGGAGCUCACCCCAUUGCAGGGAUUCAAACCGCCAACCUUCAGAUUGGCAAGCCCAGGAGGCUCAGUGGUUUAGACCACAGUGCCACCCGCGUCCCACUCUAGGAGGUACCACCUUGCAGAUCUGCUCUAGGGUGUACCGCUGCACUCUAGAGCAGAUUUGAGAGACAUGCAGGAGGGAGGAGAGGAAGGGGAAAGUCCCCUUGUGCCAUCAGAAGUCUGUUCUGCUUGCAGAUGGGUAUUGCAGGUGAGAUUCAAUUGUAUUCCAGACACUUAAACAUGUUUAAAUUGCUUCGUAAAACCAGUGGGAUGAGUUUUUUGCUUUGACUUGAUCAUGACCAUUGACCAAAAUCCCAGGAAAAGCUGCUUGGUUUUGGGAGGGACUGAGCUGCCCUUAAAGCAAGGGUCAAUUGCAUGCCUUGUUAGAAAUCUUUAAAAAUAGAAUAGUCAAAGAGUAUCUAAUCACACCUCAGACAGAGCAGAACAAUCUGUCCUCUCAGUGACUUUUUUUUUUUUGCUAAGACAGCAAGAUAUGUAUCCACUUUGAAAUUGGACAAUGAAAGUGGUUUGAUUACCUUUUUUUCCUUCUUUCUGUGCUCCCCAAUUUUUCUUUGUUUCAGAGUGGCUGUACUCUUAUUUGCAACCCUACUUCAACUGCUCAGUGACCCAGUUUAGGGUCCCAGUGGAUCAGCUACAGAAUGCUGACUUGGCUUUUGAAUUAAGUUAUUUUAAGUAGCAUAACAAUCCUGCCUGCCUACAAAUAUUUGGAUUUCCUUCAAUCCUUUUAAUUUAUAUCAUUAAAAGUAACGAUAUAAAGGCAUUUUUCAUUUUCUGGGCAACCUUUUGAGGGCCACGGGCCAGUGGUGGGCAGGGGAAUGAAUGUACAACAGAUUGAGGAUGCAAUCCAGCCAGGCAAAGCCAUUCAUAGUACAAAACCAAGAAGAGUUCUGGGGGCCAGAUAGAGAACCCCAGAGGACUGCUUUUGGCCCCUGAGGCUCCUCACCCCCAUUCUAAUGAGUCUUAUAGGAGCUUUGAAAUUGUAGAUUUAGCACUGUGUCUUUCCUAAGCUGGGUUUUUGUGUGCCACAGUCCCCCCCCGUACUGUUUAACAAUCCCAGUGCAGCUUGAUGUAGGUCCUCCAGGCUGUAGUGAAGCAGUCCCUAUGGCAGAUGCUUGAAGGAAAGGUGAAAGGGAUCAAAACAAGACAGAGAAGACCAGUCUCUCCAGUCAUCGGGGGGCGGGGUGUUGGAAUUUUUGUUUUCAAGCAUGUCAGUCUGUUGGGGUCUGAAAGUAAAACAUAAACAUGGUGCUUAUUUGUAGCAAUUUCUAUAGGGAUUUUUUUUAAAAAAAAUUUAUUUGAUAAUAUUUUACCCUGAUGCUGUAAGAGUUGUUCCAGGUAGCUUCAGAAGUAGACGGGAAACCAUUAAUCAUUGCACCUGGUGCAUUAGCACAUUGAAGAGGUCCUUAUCAUGGUGACUCCCUGUUUGUGGAAUGCUCUCCCCAGGGAGACUUGCUGGUGCCUUUGUUACGUAUCUUUAGGCACCAGGUAAAAACAUUCCUCUUCUCCCUGGCCUUUGGCUAAUUAUAUAAUAUGUGGCCGUUUAAGGUGGCGUGUGGGAUUGUUUUGGUUUGUUACUAUGUUAUGUAUUUUUGUGUUUUUCUAUUGUAAACUGCUCUAUGAUCCUCAGAUGUAGUGUGGUUUAGGAAUUUAAUAACAUGUUUGUAAAUAUUGUGCCAAUUGUUCUAGGUAUCUGUUGCAGUAUCAAGAACCAAUUCCUUGUGAGCAGUUGGUAACAGCCCUGUGUGAUAUCAAGCAAGCUUAUACACAAUUUGGAGGUAACAUUUUUACCUUUAAAGUGGCAAAUAAAAGUAACUUGGAAUACAGAGCUCUGUCCUAAAAGUUAGAUUCCUAGUCAAGUACAGGAAAUCACUACUUCCAACACCAAUAAUUUAAUUCAUGGGUAGGCAAACUAAGGCCCAGGGGCCGGUUCCAGCCCAAUCACCUUCUAAAUCCGGCCCACAGACGGUCCGGGAAUCAGUGUGUUUUUACAUGAGUAGAAUGUGUCCUUUUAUUUAAAGUGCAUCUCUGGGUUAUUUGUGGGGCAUAGGAAUUUGUUCUUUUUUCUUCUUCAAAAUAUAGUCCGGCCCCCCCACAAGGUCUGAGGGACAGUGGACCGGCCCCCUGCUGAAAAAGUUUGCUGAUUUAAUUAUUGCUGCUGGGCUGUAAGCAGCUGGCUCUAAUUCUGCUGGCAUAGAUUGAGCCCAGAGUCAGACUGAAAAAUUGACUUUGAGGCAGAGCUCCUUGGAAAGGUGCACUCACCAUCCCUGUGUUUGGUGGGAGGCUUCUUCAAGUGGUGAAUCGCUCCAGUGGUGCUUGAAUCGCUUGAGAUGGCAGGUCAGUCUGGUGUAGUUAAUUAACCGGCAGAACAAAUUGUAUUUUGGUCCUCUGAAUUCUCUCUUUGGGGUAUAGAUGACAUGGAUCUUUUAUUAUUAAUUUGCCUCUGCUUUUUAAUUAAGAAAUCUGCCUAUUGACUAUUGCAAGGCUUGAACAGAGUUGUUUGUUGUGUCUGAUUUUCCAAAAUGCAUUUCAGGUUUUUGUCUUAAAUAAAUAUUUACUUCAAAAUAAAACAAGUUUUUUUGGGCUGGGGUGGGGGAAUCAGUCCUUAAUCACUCUGUAUAUGUUUUGCAGUUACUUAUGCUUGUGUGUUGACUCUUUCAAAGAAACAUAAGGGGGAAACUGCAUGAGGGCAGGCUGACAAAAAUAGGUCUCUGGCAUCCUUGUUCUUACACACAUCUUGGAAAGAAACUGUGGGGCUGAGGCAGUAUUGGAGCUUAUCUUAAGCAGCAGAAGUUCUGAACAAGCUACUAAAUCCUAGUUCAUAGAAAAAGGAUUUUGCAUUCGUCUUGGCUUUUCCCCUUUUGAAGUGGGACUCUUGGCAAAUUGUGCUUAAUUUAAAUCACUCAUAACCUUGUGCUUUAACAGGAAAGCGUCCUUUUGGAGUUUCACUGCUGUACAUUGGCUGGGAUAAGCAUUAUGGAUUCCAGCUCUAUCAGAGUGAUCCUAGUGGGAACUACGGGGGAUGGAAAGCCACCUGCAUUGGAAACAACAGUGCUGUAAGUUUGUCAUCUUUCAUGCUAAAUUCCUUCUUUCGUAAUCUUGAACAUAACUUUUUUGCAAAUAGAGCAUCCAGCAGUAAGGUCUAUGCUGAGUAUCCGCUAGCAGGCUUUGACGCUUCCCGUCUUACAUAAAGGCACAGCAGAACUGCAGUGUCAUCUUUUAUGUUCUUUAACAGGCAGCUGUGUCAAUGUUAAAGCAAGACUACAAAGAGGGAGAAAUGACCUUGAAAUCCGCCCUUGCCUUGGCUGUCAAAGUCCUGAACAAAACCAUGGAUGUCAGUAAACUCUCUGCAGAGAAAGGUGAGCCGUAAUGCGUCUUUUCUUGUGAGGCAUUAAGAUGCCAUCACAAGAGGUUUUGGCCUUCCCUCUGGGAAGUGUGUAUCUGUUUAAUAAAUGCUACAGUUGGCAGUGUUUUCUAAUGCUCUGUAUGUUUGACAUAUUAAAUAAUUUAAUCUGUCAGCAUCAUCCAUAAUGAUUUUUCCCUGUCUUAAUAUGAGUAGCAUGACAGUGCCUAAUAGCUGGUGGUGGCGGUGGUUGUAUUUCCUUCCACAUACCGUAUUUUUCACUCUAUAGGACACACUUUUUCCCCUUCAAAAAUUAAAGGGAAAUGUGUGUGCGUCCUAUAGAGCGAAUGCAGGCUGCGCGGCUAAGCCCAAAGCCAGAACAGGGAAACGGAGAGCUGCGGAGCGCUCCGUCUUGCUAUUCUAGCUUGGGGGUGGCCUUCACCCCACUGUCCUGCAGAGGCUAGCAAGGCUGUUCCCAAGCCAGAACAGCAAGACGGAGCCAUCCGUCCUGCUCUUCUAACUUGGGGGUGGCUGUGCGCAAAGGAAGGCUGUUCCCAAGCCAGAACAGCAAGACAGAGGGCUCCGUCUCGCUCUUCUAGCUUGGGGGUGGCUGCGCGCAAAGGAAGGCUGUUCCCAAGCCAGAACACCGAGACGGAGCCAUCCGUCCCGCUCUUCUAGCUUGGGGAUGGCUGCGCGCAAAGGAAGGCUGUUCCCAAGCCAGAACAGCGAGACGGAGGGCUCCGUCUCGCUCUUCUAGCUUGGGGAUGGCUGUGCGCAAAGCCUCUGCAGGGCAGCGGGGCACUGCGCUCCAAAGGCUUCAGGGAUCUUUGAGGCUGGCGGUGGGGGAAAGCAGCGCUUCCCCCCACCGCCAGCCCCACAAGCUUGGGUGAAUGCACCUUGAACGCACCUUGUUUUAGAGGGUAAGAACAAGGAAAAAAUUUUUUCCCUGUUCUCCCCCUCCUAUGGUCUGGUGCGUCCUAUAGAGCGAAAAAUACGGUAUGUCCCAAGAUGAUGUACAAAAUAUAAUAAAGCCUGCUUAAAUAGUUACAUAGGAGACGUAGAAAGCUUCCUUACACAGAGUCGAGCUGCUGGUUCAUCUAACUCAGCCCUGUCUGCAUUGACUGGGUUGCAGGCAGGAGUUUCUCAGCCCAACCUGGAGAUGCUGGGGAUGGAGUCUGCGACCUUCUGCAUGCCAAGCAGAUGCUCUGCCCCGGAGCCAUGAGCCUGAGCCUUCCCCAAAACACUCCGCAGUUUUCCUAUGGGGAAAACAGAUCUUUAAAGAAAAUUCAGGAUUGCAAGGAUUCUGACAUGCUCAGUAUUUUGUUAGCGGAAAUUUUAUGUUGUGAACAGCCCUGUGAUGUUUGGAUGAAUGGCGGUAUACAAAUUUCAUAAAAAUAAAGACGAGGAACUUCCAUUAUCUGCUGAAGUGUCAUAAAACCUUCUAUCUUUAUCUUGUACUUCAGUGUUUUCUGUUGGCACUGGAGAGAAGCCACAGUUAAGACAUUUGCUCUAGUUUGGUGAAUUUUUAAAGCAGAGAACGGAUGUUGACUAAUUGCCAGUUUAAUAAUUUAAGGCAGUCCCUUUCAUAUGUCAGUCAUACAAAUUGACAAUAUUUUUUGUAGGGGCGACUUGUACCUUCUUCCUUUGGCUGACUCAAUUCAAAAGAAGCCUUGGAUAUUCAAAUGUAUCAUUUAUAUUUUUCAUGUUUCAGUUGAGAUUGCAACCCUGACAAGAGAGAAUGGAAAGACAGUAAUAAGAGUUUUAAAGCAAAAAGAAGUGGAAGUGUUAAUAAAGAAGCAUGAAGAGGAAGAAGCCAAAGCAGAGCGUGAAAAGAAAGACAAAGAGCAGAAAGAAAAAGAUAAAUAACUUAAGCACUUUGAAGUGGGGAAAAUGGGCGUUUUUCGAUACACAAAUACAGGUCUUACUGGUGGAGUGAAGAAGCUAGUAAUGCUGUUUAUUGAAUCGGGUCCUUUUGUACCAGUAAAACGCGUUGCCCACUUCUUCAGAGAAUUAUAAUUUCUUGGUUCUACUCAUCUUUGUUUUUUAUUACUUAAUAAAACAAUACUGUUAAAGUUUGAUUGCAUCUCUGUUACGUCUAAUAUACCACUCGUCGAAGCAAACAUCUUGGUUUGAAAAAUAUGGCAGCUUGGAAUUGAAGUCAAUAGGACCCAUAAGAUAUUUUGCCUCUUAUUUGUAGUCAUGAUGGGGAGGAAGAAAAAUGAGGUCUCUGAAAUACAUUUGUUAGAUCUCUUAUCCUUCACAGAUGGCUAAAGCACAGAAGAAAAAUAAGCUCCUUACUACCCAAAAUCACAUUUAAUGCACGUCUUGCCCAAGGCAAUAAUCUUUUGUAUUCUCUUAAAUUACUCUAUGAAGUGAUUUAGAAAUCCCAGAACGCAAUAAAUGAGCAAUGAAUGAUGUUUUGUAUAAUGCAUAGCUCCUGGUUAUUUUUAGGAUGAGUCUGCUAACUAGGAAAAACAAAACAAUAAAUAAUGGAUGCUUAAAUAUU